AUCAAUCUGAGUGUUUCAGACAUUUUAAGAGUGGGCUUUCCAGUGAACCGAUGAAGAAAAUGUUUCUCAAAUUAGUUUUGUUGUGUUUGUGUGUUGGGCAUCUGGGUGGUGAGAAGGAAGAGGACAAAAACGACGAGAAGGUAUUCGUGAAGGAGGGAGAUUCCGUCACUCUAAACUCUGGUCUUAGUGAACUGAAAAACGAUGACGUCCUUGAGUGGAAGUUUGCAAUGGAAGAGUCUUUAAUAGCUAAAAUCAAUAAUUUGGCUGGCAGAAUCGCUGUAUUUGAUGGUCCCGAUAAGACACUCAGAGGCAGACUGAAUGUGGACAAUCAAACUGGAUCUCUGACCAUCAAAAACAUCACAAUUAAACAGACUGGAUUUUAUAAACUACAGAGCAAAAGUGUGACCAAGACGUUCCUUCUCAUUAUCCAAGAUGAAAUAUCAGUGAAGGAGGGAGAUUCAGUCACUCUAAACUCUGGUUUUACUGAAUUAAAGAAAAAUGAACUUGUUCUGUGGGAUUUUUGUUUUGAAAAUGAAUUUAUACCGCUGUCUAAUUACCACAUUGUGCAUAUAAAUGCUGCUGGUGGGAUAUUCAGAGACAGACUGAAGGUGGACAUAAAAACUGGAUCUCUGAUCUUCAGAAACACCAGAACUGAACAUGCUGGAUAUUACUUACUAAACACUGCGGAUGAGCUUUACAGGGGUGUAAAUCUUACCGUCUACGGUGAGUUGAAUAUCAGAACCAAUGAAGAUGAACUGUUUCUCAAAUUAGUUUUGUUGUGUUUGUGUGUUGGGCAUCUGGGUGGUGAGUUUUAAAAGUUUUUUUUAUGU